AGGAGUGUUUGACUUCUCCCGUACCAGCCUCCUCCUCCAUCUAACCCCCCCCCGCCCCGCCGAAUUUCCCCUCCCGUUUUGCUCCGAGCUACGCUUUAUUUGUGUGUGGAGAAAGGGGUGGGGGGGACGACUUGUAGGGGGAUGUUCUGUUUUUGCCAGAGGAGCAGUGCAAAAGGGGAGCCUCGGCUCGGAGAAGGUACAAGAAUAAAUAAAUAAGGAGCGGCCCUAAAAUAAAGGUAGAGGCAUAACCCGGCAGCGAGAAGACUACUGAGCUGUAAAUUGGAAGGAAGAUAAUUUCUUCUUGUGGAGGAAAAGAAAGGUGAAUAACUUCAAUGGAAGACUCUCAGGAUCUAAGUGAACAGUCAGUGAAGAAGCCGUGUCCAGAGUCCGAUGGUUCAGAGCCACAGAAUCCCAGGUCUAUGGAAAUGCAGGAUCUAGCCAGUCCUCAUAAUCUUGUUGGAAGUAGUGAUGCACCAGGCAGUUCCAAACUGGAUAAAUCUAAUCUCAGUAGCACAUCAGUCACAACAAAUGGAACAGGAGGAGACAACAUGACUGUGUUAAAUACUGCAGACUGGCUGCUGAGUUGCAGUACUCCCUCCUCUGCAGCAAUGUCUCUUCUUGCAGUCAAAACAGAACCCAUGAACAACAGUGAAACAGCAACAACAACUGGAGAUGCCUCGCUUGACACUUUUACUGGGUCAGUAAUAACAAGUAGUGGCUACAGUCCCAGAUCAGCGCACCAGUACUCUCCACAGAUAUAUCCCUCCAAGCCCUAUCCGCACAUUCUUUCUACACCAGCAGCUCAGACAAUGUCUGCCUAUGCCGGACAAACGCAGUAUUCAGGAAUGCAGCAGCCAGCGGUGUACACAGCCUAUUCCCAGACAGGACAGCCCUACAGCUUACCCACCUACGAUUUGGGUGUAAUGUUGCCAGGCAUCAAGACGGAAAGUGGGCUCUCGCAGACCCAGUCUCCACUGCAGAGCGGGUGCCUCAGUUACAGCCCAGGGUUUUCCACCCCACAGCCAGGCCAAACACCCUACUCUUACCAGAUGCCAGGUUCUAGUUUCACACCAUCGUCCACUAUUUAUUCAAACAAUUCUGUUUCAAAUUCUACAAACUUCAGUAGCUCACAGCAGGAUUAUUCCUCAUACACAGCUUUUGGCCAAAAUCAGUAUGCACAGUAUUACUCAGCAUCAACAUAUGGUGCAUAUAUGACCUCAAACAACACUGCUGAUGGCACUUCAUCAUCAUCAACCUACCAAUUACAGGACUCUCUCCCUGGCUUGACUGGGCAACCAGGUACAGACCUACAUUCAGGGGAGUUUGACACAGUACAGAGCCCCUCCACGCCAAUCAAAGAUCUUGAUGAGAGAACAUGUAGGAGUUCUGGGUCAAAGUCUCGGGGUAGAGGGCGGAAGAAUAAUCCAUCACCCCCUCCGGACAGUGACUUGGAGCGUGUAUUUGUUUGGGAUUUGGAUGAAACAAUCAUAGUUUUUCAUUCGCUGCUUACAGGAUCGUAUGCACAGAAGUAUGGCAAGGAUCCACCGAUGGCAGUGACCCUUGGACUGCGAAUGGAAGAAAUGAUAUUUAAUCUUGCUGACACACAUUUAUUUUUUAAUGAUUUAGAGGAAUGUGAUCAAGUUCAUAUAGAUGAUGUUUCUUCUGAUGAUAAUGGACAAGACCUCAGUACCUACAGUUUUGCAACUGAUGGCUUCCAUGCAGCUGCAAGUAGUGCAAACCUUUGUCUGCCAACAGGUGUAAGAGGAGGGGUUGACUGGAUGAGGAAGCUGGCUUUCCGUUACAGAAGAGUAAAAGAGUUGUAUAAUACUUACAAGAACAACAUAGGAGGACUCCUGGGUCCCGCUAAAAGAGAUGCAUGGUUGCAAUUAAGAGCAGAGAUUGAAGCUCUGACAGACUCCUGGCUAACAAAUGCACUUAAAUCAUUAUCAAUUAUCAGCACAAGGAGUAAUUGUGUAAACGUGUUAGUAACAACAACCCAGCUCAUCCCAGCACUUGCAAAAGUUCUACUAUACAGCUUAGGAGGAGCUUUUCCUAUUGAAAAUAUAUACAGUGCAACCAAAAUAGGCAAAGAGAGCUGUUUUGAGCGUAUAGUGUCCAGAUUUGGCACUAACAUAACUUAUGUUGUGAUUGGAGAUGGCCGAGAUGAGGAACAUGCAGCUAAUCAGCACAACAUGCCUUUCUGGAGGAUAUCCAGUCACUCGGACCUCUUGGCUCUCCAUCAAGCACUGGAACUAGAGUAUUUGUAACUGUGUUCUAAAGCUGGUGAUCCUUUUAUAUAUAUAUAUAUAUAUAUAUUUCAAGUACACUGAAUUUUUAUGUGUGAUUCAAUGCCUCUGGCUUUACACAUAUGAAUUGUCUUAAGAAGGGAAGAAAUAUUUGGAAUUGAAAAUUCCAAAUUGAAGAAUUCAGAUUGCUGAAUGAAGUUAAAACAUUAGUGCUACGUAAGAAAGCUCUAUGGUCUUAUAUAUGCAACGUUUGUAAGUGAAUUAAAACUGUGGAGGUUGCUGGUACACACCAAGUGAGCCCUGACAGGAGUGAACAAAGGACUCGAACUGGCAAAGCACCAAAACUCAUUUUCCAGCCAACAAAGUGGUGUUCAACAACAUUCCUCAAAAUGGGAUAUAUUCUCAGCACUGAGGUUUGAACGAGACUUUAGCCUACCUAACCCAAAAAAUCUGAAUUGGAAUGCACUCAGACUGUAUAAUGACAAUCCUGUCUAGACCUGUAAUUUGUGUAAAUUAUUGAUGAAAAUAAUUUACUGUGACUUUAUUAGCAGCUGAUUUUGGAAGUG